UUCACACUAAGUGCGGAAGCUGGAGGAACUGCGGGCUUCAGGCAGCCUUUUUACUUUCGAUUUACUUAGACCUACUUUCUAUUAUGUAGGGGAUCUCAUCGGGUAAUGGGAGCUUUUAUUUCCAUUUAAUUUACUUUUUUGUAAAGACGAAAACCGGUGAAAAUGAACUCCGUUUUGUGGACGUUGAUGACUGUUUUGCACGUGCUUGGUGUGUCUGGUGUUGGUGCAGAUGAAGAGUCGGUGUUUGUGAUGGAGGGAGAUUCAGUCACUCUACACACUAAUAUUGAAGCAAAUCAACAAGGAAAGAUGAGGUGGUAUUUUAAUGACACCCAAGUCGCUGCAAUCAUUGGAGAAAAGAGAGAAAUCUGUACAGAUGAUGAGUGUAAAGAGAUUUUCAGAGACCGACUGAAACUGGAUCAUCAGACUGGAUCUCUGACCAUCACAAACACCAGAACCACAGACUCUGGAGUUUACAAAAGAAAGGUCAUCAACAGUGGCAGCUUCAGUGACAAGAUCUUCAGUGUUUCCGUACAUGGUGUUUCUGCUGCUGAGCGAGAUGAAAUGAAGAGAAAGUCAGUGAAGGAGGGAGAAUCUGUUACUUUAGAUCCUGGUGUAGUAAAAAACCUGAAUGGUGUGAUGACGUGGUAUUUUAGUGACAUUCUCAUGGCUGAAAUCACUGGAGAUCAGAGUAAGAUCUGUACAGAUGAUCAGUGUGAUGAGAGAUUCAGAGACAGACUGGAGCUGGAUCAUCAGACUGGAUCUCUGACCAUCACAAACACUAGAACCUCAGACUCUGGACUUUAUAAACUACAGAUCACCAGCAGCAGCUUCAGUAUUAGCAGAAUAUCAACUGUUUUAACUGUCAUUGAUUCAGGUCUUUCUCUAAGUGCUAUAGCAGGGGUUGUUGUUGUUCUGUUGCUCAUUGCUGCAGUAGCUGCUGUGUUCCUCUAUCGCAAAGCAAAUAGGAAAAACACACAGAACAAUCGUGAUCAGGAGAAUAAUUUGAAAGUCUUGCCUCCUGAUCAGAGUACGACUCCAUUUAUACCUUCUGAGGUCAAUGCUUCUAAUGGGACUGCUAAUGGAAACCAUGUGUAGCAUAAAUGUUCUGUCUUUCACAUCAUCUGUCCAUUACAGGUGUUUUCUCCAUUUCUGAAUCUUAAUUCUGUUCAUGAAGCAUAUUCAGCUGUGCUGUAAUUGUCCUGUGAUUUUUAAAUCAUGUAAUUAUUGUGUUCUUUGUGUCUGAAGAUUAGUGUCACUGCCAGCGAUAUAGACUGGGGUGCAAAGCCUAUGGACACCACACUGUUGCAUGUGUAAAAUAGAGUGCCUGUGUACAUAAGUGUUUAUAUACAUCUGUUUUUAUUUCUUUCUUUUGGCAAUGCUCCUUCCUUUAUACUGGGUAUACAUUACACAAUCUGUACUCGUUCAAGUGAGUGACAGUCGCAUAGAGUAAAUGAAAGACGCAAUCUGAGAGAAGUGCCAAUGCAUCACUGAUGCUGAGAAAUAUUUAGCAAGCUAAAAUUCUGGACCCAUCUGCGACUGUGUUUUAACUUGAAAUGACAUUGGCAAUGAGAGGGCAUGAUGCAGCGCAAGGGAGAAUUCCAGUCUCAAACUAGAGUUCAGCUCUUGUGUGAUCUUUGCAUCAUUACUUCAUUUCACUUCUCACUCAAAACUCACCUUUUCUGCACGAGAUGAGGAUUUGUGGAGGAUUCUUCCUAGUGAAAUAUUGUGCAACGUGUUACACCCAGUCGCCAAUGCAUCAUGUAGUGUGCAAACCG